GAGAGCGGCCAUUUGCAGUCUGUUUUGGCGUCGCGGGUGUGAAGGAACGCGCUUCGUUUUUACACUUAGUUUUAGGUUUAGAGCGUUCGACUUAAUGCCGGUGUCGUCCAAUUUAAGUUAGACACAGCAUUAAGCAACGGCAUUUGUAUAUUUGUAAACGUUUAAAAAACGUACACAUAAAUAUUAAGGCUUAAGAUGGGUCGCAGCCGCAGUCCCGCUUCGCCUGCACACAGACGAAGGGAAAAGGAGCGCACAGAACGCAAAAAGCGCCGAGAAAGACGCUCAAGAGAAAGAGAAGCUAUUGGGAUUGGCACCAGCAGCAGUCGCCGCGAGCGGGAACGUGAUCGUGAGCGCGAAAGAAGCCGCAGCCGUGAUAGGGAACGUGAGCGGGAGCGUGACCGUGCGAGAGGAAGGCGUUCGAGAUCCCGUUCACGUCGUGCAGGUAGCAGCUCAGGCCCUUCGACAUCCAGACGCGCCACACGGAACAAUUCAGCGAAUGCAGCUGCAGAGCGUCCAAAGAUCAAUGAAGCAGAUCUGGAGGGUAAAUCGCCGGAAGAGGUUGAGAUGCUGAAGACAAUGGGCUUCUGCACCUUUGACACCACCAAGAACAAGAAAGUCGAGGGCAACGAUGUUGGUGAAGUGCAUGUAAUCCUCAAGCGCAAGUAUCGCCAGUAUAUGAACCGUAAGGGUGGCUUCAAUCGACCGCUCGACUUUGUCGCAUAGCCUGCGGCAACUAGUUUUUUAAAUAUUACUGCUACAUUUUUUCACGUCCCUUGCGACUUCAAGGCGACGGACCUGCAAUUUUAUGCAAUAGACCGGUUUACAAAAUUCCUCAAAUUUGCCACACAAAAUUUCCACAAUCAUCACUCAACACAUACAAAUACCUCAUAUAUAACUAGCCAGUUAUUUAGUAGUUUAAGUCAAUUGCGUUGUUUUAAAGUUAGCUUUUGCGCGCCUUUAAAGCAAAGGAAGAGUUAAUUUUACAACGAUGGCAACGCCACUAACCCUCCCACAAUUGUAACUGAAAGCUUAAUUCAAAAAAUGUACAAAAUUGCUAUCGAUAGCUCACGUAAAACGAUGGGUGGCAGCACUGGUUGCUUGCUGUCGCAAUUUUUUCAUGGUUUUGAUUACUUGAAUCAUAUAUUUUUUGUCCGUUUCUUUGCUUUCAGUUGCAUUUGCAAAAUGUUUAAUGCACACGAUUAAUGCUUUUUAAAUAUUUAAAGUAAUUACGAAUGUUUUUUGCUGUCAGAAAACUAAUUACACUCAAUAUGCUUACAUACAUUGCAUAUCAGUGUAAGCAUUUGGCGUUUGUUAAAAUCACGAAAGAAAAGAAACACGAAUUAACUGAAAAUCCAAAAUUGAUCACACAUACACAAUUACUUAAAGUAUUUGAAAACAUGAACACAUACACACAAAAUAUUCCCUACCCCGAUGAUCCUUUUCCCACAAACUUCCUCCAUACGCUGCAAUAGUACAAUUUUUACAACCAAACAAAUAUAUAUCAAAUAUAUAUUUUAUAUAUAGAAAUUUAUUUAUACACACACACACACACACCAAGUACCUACAAACCCCUCAAAGUCCCUACCGUUAAAUCGCAUCGAAUCUACAAUAGCCAUAGCCAUUUGUUGAAUCUGUUAUUUGUUUAACAAUCAAAAUGUUUUCAUUUUGUUUCUCUUUAAUAUAUUUAACAAACCAACAACAGUUAAUUCAUUGAUCACAAGUGCCAAGUGAAAAAAAAAACUGAAAAAACCAACAACAAAGCAGGCAGAUUAAACAAGUUUACGUUUAAGUGCAGGCGCAAAUGAAAUAAAUACAU